UCAAUACAUGCACAAAAAUAAAUAAAAGCAUAUAUACACCUUCGUUUUCACGAGACUGCAUUCAUUGUUUCUUAUAAAUUAUUGUGUUACUAUAUUAUUUGUUUGUUAUUUAUUAAAAAUUGUUUGUAAUAUCAUUUAAAUGCACUUAUAUCACCUGCUUACAUCUUAUUCUCCCACGAACCCUUGUUUGGCUGGAAGAGAUCUCUUGUAGAGAUAGCCAACCUUUGUAACAAAUUUAAUUACUUGUUUUAUGUGACAUUUUGAGUACAAUAAAGAAUAUAUAUUCAUUAUAUUUGAUAAAUUUUUGCAUUCACAAUGCUAUAUUGUAAAAUAUUCACAAUGAGAAAUCCACUUUGCACCGAGGUAGGUACUCUGAGAUGUCAGUACCUCGGAUAAAAGUAAUUUUUUAAGAAUUUUUUAUUAAGAAAUAUAGAUAUUUUUAUAUAAUAUAUUUUUUUCUAUAACUGAUUUUGUUUUUUUUUCUUUGAUUAUUAAUACUAAUUGUCACUUUAUGUUCGUUUUCCCUUUAUUUGAUGCAAAUAAGUUUACAUAAUACUCCAAAAAUAUCAUAAUAAUUUUUUUAUUUAUUUUUAUUUAAAUAUUGAAUAUGAGUCAGCGAUGUCUUCGAGUAUUUUUAAGUCAUACCAAGAAAUCGUUACGUUCUCGUCUCCGAACGUGUAAUAAAGCGUAGGCUUUGGCCUCGUAGCCGUCGCGUGAGCUCUCUGUCAGUCGUGUUUAGUAAUCACAGCGCGCGCGCGUCAGUUAUGCGCACUCGUUGUGCGCCUUGACAUGUUCCCUUUUGUAACGUCUGGAGAGUGCUUGAGUUUUGUACUAGUUUCAGCAAUUCAUCAUGACUCAAGAAGAAAUAUAUACGCGUCUUGAUGACGAUAUUCAUAUCUCUUCUUCCGAUAAUAUCGAUGACGAAGAUGUUGUUAUCAGAAGACAGAAGCGAAGCGUUAGAGACAUGAUCCUCCGUUUUGAACAAACUUCGUUGAAUAAUCACCAUUCGUCCAGUGAAUCCUUAGAAAGAUCGAAGGAUUUACUGCAUGGAAGUUUAUCGAGUGUUGUGAAUCCACUACAGACGCAUUUCCAACAUCUGUGCCCAGUGACAAGAUCUCAAGAUAGGAACUCAAAUGUAUCAGUGAAUUCAUUGCUAUCUAAUGUUUCUGUGAACAGUUUUGAAUCUAGUUCUUCCGGUUUUGUUUCUGAUAGAAAGUCAGGUCGAGAGAGUCUCGUACCGCACAGGCAUGCGCCACCUCCUCCUGAACCUUUCAAUGAUAGUUGCUCCUCUUCGGAAAGUAAAUCGCCUGUGCUGCAAAACACCGGUCAGGUUGAAAGACGGUACUCUUUUACUACACCAAAUACAUCUCCCAAAAGCAAUCGUCGUACUAGGAAACCACCGGUAAUUAGAAAGAAAUCUAACGCUAGCAAUUUGAAUUCGGGAGAAGCCCAUUGGUCUUAUGGUGUACGACAAAGUGAUCUAGAAAAAUUAUUAAGACUAAAAAGAUCAGAAGUUUCUGAUUGUGAAGAUGAGAUCAAAAGUAUUAGCGCUGGGUCAAAUGGUACUACUAGUAGUAGUAGUAGUAGUAAUAGUUCGAGAAGUAGUAGUCGAGGUAAAGAAUAUAUAAUUAAUAACGAUGAUGACGGUAGAACUGAUACGCUUUCAGUGGAUCAUUCAACGGACACUUUAAUUAAUGAAGAAAAUAGUGAUGAGAGAGAUGACUUAUCGGUAGCAUCUGGUGAAUCUGGUGCCCAAAGUAAUUAUGACAAUGUUAGUAUUAAAUCUAUAUCAUCUUUUGACAUGGUGCCGUAUCAGAAAUAUGAUAGCAUCACGGUUUCGUCAGACGAAUUCGGUUCAGAAGUGUGCCACGCUCCUGAUACAGAGUUCUUAACUGUUAGUGCAGUGAAUGAGUGGUGUGUCUCAAGGUCUGCGGUGCCAACGUUAAUACCAGUGGAGUCUAAAAAGGAAAAAUAUCGAAGACGACUCACCGAACGUGUCAAUGAGCUGGUACACACUGAGAACGUCUACGUCGAAAGGUUACGGCACGUCAUAGAAAAUUAUAUGCCGGAGAUGCAUCGAGAAGACUUACCGUUGCCCCUCUGCGGGAUGAAGUGGAUCAUCUUCUGUAACCUGGAGGAUAUCUACGCAUUCCAUUCUAAAGAGUUCCUACCAGCUCUGCGGGAGUGCGAAAAUGAUCUCAGGAAGUUGGGGCAGUGUUUUAGGAAUUAUGAACAAAGGUUCAACAUGUAUGUAAUGUACUCUAGGAAUAAUAAAAAAGCCACAAGACUGGUGUACGAAAAUAAGCAGUUCUUUCAGGAGAAACAAUUAGAACUAGGAGAAAGAUUAGACCUAUCAAGUUACUUAUUGGAACCUAUACAAAGGAUUCCGAGGUAUAAAUUGUUCCUGGCAGAUUUGGUUAAGACAUACACAAGCUACGAAAACGAGAAGGCAGAUACAGAUUCUAGAAUAUCUAAACUAAGCGUAGACAGUGAUGAAACAGGUGGCAGUAAUGGAGAUUCUGACAAUGAAGAAACGCCCCUGGAAAGUCUUAAGAUGGCCAAGACUGUGGUAGAACGCAUAUUGACUGCAGUUGAUGAAAUUAUGGCGUUAGAAAAUAUAUCAGACUGUCCGUUCAAUCUGAACCUGCUGUAUCAAGGGCGUUUACUUCGUCAGAACGAGUUCUAUGCAAUGGACAACGCUCGCCGGCGGAGGCAGCUGAUGAGAGUAUUCCUGUUCGAUAAGCUGGUACUCAUCACAGCGGUUUAUAGAAAGCAACCAAGAGUGGAGCACUUCAUUUAUAAAGACCACAUACCUGUUGACGACCUGGGCAUAACAGCGAAAGAACAAGACCAGUACAAGUUUACCAUUUGGUACAAGAACCGAAACUUGAAGUCGUACAAGAUGGAGACAGCUGAUUCGGCAGUGAGGAAUGCAUGGGUAGAAGAGAUCACGUCUCUAUUGUGGGAACAAGCUAUGCAAAAGAAAGAACUUCUGCUGCAGGAACGGAAAAAGAGGAUAUCCAUGGCCUCUAUGGACGGGCAAAAGUUAAGUGAAGAUGAGAGAAACGACGAUAAAUAUAAUUCUCUGCGCGGAGUUCCGGGUGAAGUCAGGCAGAUCAUGGAGAAGAAGGAUCGAAGGACAACUUGGUAUUGCGAAUGAGUCUAGGAGAAUCCACCAGAAAUAAAUUCGGAUUUAUCUCUAAAAUCUAAGUCGAUCUAGGGUAAAUUGGUAUUACAUGAAAUGUUCACAAACACACCUUGCGUCAUUUUGUAUUCAUUAUUUAAUAUAACGAUUUUUAAUUUAAUAAAAGUCAUUAUUAAUAUUAAAUUAAUGUUAGUUGUUAAAUUGUUUCUGAUAAGAAUUAUUUUUUUAUCUAAAUUGUACUACAGACUAGAAAUAUUAGAUUAAGGACUGCUAAAAACAGCGAUUACACUUUCUUGUGAAUUCUAAGUAAUAGUAAGUAUUUUAUUCGGACAUGAACAAUAUGUAGUUUAAAAAUAUUAUAAUGUUAAGACAAGUUUAAUUAUUCAUACAAGUCCAUUAUAGUAAUUAUGUCGUUAACUACACAAAUUUUAUAAUCAUUCUCUUUAUAUAACACAAGGCCAGACAGUAGCGUCGCUUAUUAAAUCUAAUAGUGACAAGGUAACUUCUAAUCGAUUUUUAUAUCUAUUAAUUUGACUUUAGAACACAAGGAAAGCAUCAUUAGAAGAUUUAAAAGUAAUGUAUCGCCCAAAGAUUUUUUUUUAUGAAAUUUAAGAAUUGUAAAUAAAAUGUAAUUUAUUCGGUAUUAUAUAAUAGUUUAAUAUGUAUAUUUACGAUAAAUCUUAAAUCCUUUAAAAAAAGAUCGGAUUAUCAAAAUUAAGGUUAAGUAUCAACUGUAAAAAGUCAAGUUAGACAUUUUUUUCAUGAUUACAUUAGCUUUAGCACUUGCAUUUCCGAAUAAAAGAAAUUUACCAAAGUAAUAAUGUAUAAAAUGUAGGUGGAAAUUUUUUCAUUAAUUUUUCUUAUAUUACUUAUAAUAAGCACGAUUGUACUGAAAAAGAAUAUACUUAGAUGACCAGAAUUUGAAUUUGGAGUAAAGUUUAUAGUUCGAGAUUGCUAUUUCAAAUUUUUUCAGUACAAUUGUUUAUCAAUUAUAACGUCUAAUUUUUGUUGUUUAAAGAACUCAUGUGAUAUGAAAAUAUUUAAAUGAAAAAGUAUUGAAAGGAGAAUAUUUUUUUUUGGU